AUGCCCCUCUUGUUCACAGUUAUUGCAUUCUCAAGCCUCGAGGAAAGGGGUGCCAACCGCGAACUCGAGGAGUGCUCGCCCUCGCCGGACGACGUCGCGAUCGUCAUGUUCACCAGCGGCUCGUCGGGCACGCCCAAGGGCGUCAUAGUGUCGCACAGGAACCUCGUCUCAGCCAUGAACGACUUCGUCAGCAUGUGCGACCAGUAUGGGGCGUACACUAGUGACGACGUCUAUCUCGCCUACCUGCCCAUGGCUCACAUGCUCGAGCUGGCGACCGAGAUGCUUCUCUUGGGUGCCGGUGCGCGCAUCGGCUACUCGUUCCCGCUGACCAUCACCGACUCCAGCGCCGUGGCCAAGGGUUGCCAAAGAGACGUGACCCUUUUGCAGCCUAUUAUACUUGUCUACCUGCCUCUCAUAGCAGACCGCCUUCGCAAGGGCGUCAACGAGGUCGCCACGUCGAAGGGGCCCCUUUUUCAAGGCCCUAACCUGCGCCGUGGCGAGUACCACGACGCAGACAACACCAGGGCAGACCACGUGGGUCCGCCACUUCCCUGCUGCUACAUGAAGCUAGUCGACUGGGACGAAGGCAACUACCGGACGACGGACAAGCUCAACUCUCGCGGCGAGAUCGUCGUCGGUGGCCCCUGCGUCGCCAAGGGCUACUUCAAGAACGAUGAGCUCAUGAAGGAGUCAUUCAAGGAAGAAGGCGGCAUCCGCUGGUUCUACCCUGGAGGCAUCGCAGAGAUCUUCCCCGACGGAACGCUCAGGAUCGUGGAUCGCAAGAAGGACCUGGUCAAGCUGCAGUUCGGCGAGUACAUCUCGCUGGGUCGCGUCGAGUCGGUGCUGAAGACAUGCCCGCUCGUCGACAACUUGUUCGUGUACGGCAACUCACUGCAUACAUACCUCGUGGCGUUCGUGACUCCCAACUACCAACAUCUCCAGCUCAUUGCGCGAGAUCUUGGCAGGGGCGAAGAAGUGUCCAACGUCUGCUGAGAGAACUGUGUCAGGACACCGAGGUAGCCAAGGCCGCCGAGGAGGAGAUUCUGGCGUACGCACACUUAAGCGACCUGUUGAAGACAGAGGUUCCGGCAAGGUUGAAACUGUGCGCCGAAGAAUGGACGCCGGACUCGGGGCUUGUGACAGCCACGUAUAAGAUUCGUAGGAAGCCCCUGCAAAGCUUCUACCAGCAGGACAUCGAUGCGAUGUACCGGUCAUCGGAGCAGAGCAGACUACGUCGUGCGUGAGAUUGUGCGAGCAUGCACAUACGAUUCGGAAGACCAUGUGGUGCGCGUGUCUGUGAUGUUGAAAAGCUGAAAACGGACAGAAAACAGCAGAUACCAGGCAGGGACGUUCUCAUCGUCGCAUAAAGAGUGCUACAAGGGUUAACGUGUAUACUUCCCAGGAGAUGUAUAACAUUACCGUAUUUUCUUUUCUUCAUGAAACCAAAAAUGUGGACUGAAUAAAGAGCCCCACUCACUAAA